AUGGGAAUGACAGGAGCCGGAAAGAGUACAUUCAUAUCUCUCGUCACGGAUCAGGAGGUAGUGAUAGGGAACGAUCUAAAUGCCUGCACCCAGAAUGUGACUAUGUACCGCUGUAAAUUCAGUACCUCCUGCAACAUAUGGUUGAUCGAUACACCUGGGUUCGAUGACACAAGCCGAACAGAUAGCGAAGUUCUAAAAGAGAUUGCCGGAUGGCUCGCCGAAUCCUUCUCCCAGAAGGUUCUUUUGAAUGGCAUCCUGUAUCUACAUCGGAUCAUGGACAACCGGAUGCCCGGCUCAGCCAAACGAAAUCUCUUUAUGCUGAAGAAGCUAUGUGGUAAAGAUGCUUUGAGGAAUACCAUCUUAGUCACUACUAUGUGGGAUUGUGUCGACCCGGCCGACGGUGACAGGAGAGAGAAGCAACUGAUUACCACCCCAGAGUACUGGGGAGAUAUGAUUGCAGCAGGCUCACAAACCCUUCGGCAUGACAAUACCUAUGAGUCCGCAAUGCGUCUAAUUAAUCUCUAUGCGGGUUCCCAUUCAACCAAAGAGAAGAAGGUACUCGCUAUUCAACAUGAAAUGGUAAUAGAAAAGAAAGCCUUGGAUGAGACAGACGCUGGAAAAGCUGUUGAAGACGCAUUAAUCAAAGAACGAUCUAGAUGGAGGAGGGAGCUAGAUGACCUUCGGGAAAUGAUGAAGGAAGUUCUCGCAGAGAAGGACAAAGAAUCCGCCGAGAUGCUGCGCCAGAACACUGCUGAGAUUAACGCCAAGCUGGCCGCUGCUGAAAGGGCACAACGAGACUUGAAGGUGACCAUGGAGCAAAUGCAUCGUGAAAGGCUGUCGGCUUUUAGGAGGGAUAUAGAAGCACAACGCAAGGAGAACAAGAUUAUAAGAGAAAAGCUCAGCACUUUCGAAGCAUCACGGGAUCGCAAAGCCAAAGAGUCUUCCAUCGCACCAGUGAAUUCACAGACCCUUUCACCCCUUUCGGAAGAGCUUGAGGCCCAAAAUUCCAAGCUCGGUGCUGCUCAGGCUCAUGUGCAGGAAAUGGAAAAAGCACAUGAUCAAGGAAGUCUGGAUAUGCGUGGGCCCAAGUAUGCGUCUCUACUUGAGCAGCUCGAACAGCAUCGACGAGAGCUGUUAAUUGUCCAAAGCAGUAUUAGGGGUAUGGGGCAAGGCCAUGGACAGCGAUACGGAUGCGAUCUGGAACCGAUGUACUCGGGGAAGCUUCUCGCGCAGCUGGAGGGUUUGAGCAUGUAA